UGUCCCUCGGACACAGCGGAUCACGGAAAGAGCUGAAGAUGGGACAUGUACACUGAUUAUCAGGGCAUUGAUGAUCAGUGUGCCCUGAUGAUCAGUGUGGCCCCAGAAGAGCCACCUGUCAGUGCUCAUCAGUGCCACAUCAAUGCCUCAUAUCAGUGCCUACCAGUGCACAUCAAUGCCACAUAUCAGUGCCCAUCUGAGCUGCCUUUCAAUGUCACCCAUCAGUGCCAGUCAGUGCCACCUAUCAAUCCCAAUCAAUGCCACCUAUCAGUGCUGCCAAUCAGUGCCGCCUAUCAGUGCCAGUCAGUGCCGCCUAUCAGUGCCAGUCAGUGCCGCCUAUCAGUGUCAUGUAUCAGU